AUGUCACUGCAGGUCUCCCAUGGGGCUGAACAGAUUCCCGAUGACCUGAGCUCAUACGGCUCUGAUGCCCCGCUGCACCGGCCCCUGUGGGGGGAACAGAUGUCUGGAGUCCCAGCCCUGCAGAGUGGCCCUUCAGACACAAAGGGAAUUUUUAAAACAUCGCAUCCUAGGGAAGCACAGCAUUGGAAUGGAGGUUCAAAUUUUCCUCCUGGCAAGUAUGGAUCCACCAGUAUAUUCUCUCCCUUUUCGAUGUGGGUUGAAUUAAAAACCGGAAUCCCAGCUACAGAUAAAAUGAGUGGAGCCGCCAAACCAACCCACCUGGACAAUAGGAAGCUCAAGAUGGCAGCUGCUGCUGUGGACAUCCCAGAGGAGGAGACGGAGGAGGAUGAGGAUGCUGACAUCAAACUAUUCCACUGGCAUGGUAGGAAACUGGCGUCCAUCAACUCUGAACAGUCGCCUCCUCAGCCCACCGAGGAUGAUGACCCUGCUUUGCUAGCCAUGUUCCACACUGUAGCUACCAGCCACUUGGCUGUGCGCAGUCAACAGAAGGAUGAGCCGGACUUCACACCUGUGCAAAAAUUGGCCAUCUUACGGGAGCUGUACCACACCAAGCCCCUGGUCUUCCUGGAGCGCUUCCGAACAGCCUUGCGGGAAGAUCACCUGGCUUGCUUCCGCCACCUCUCCGGCAACUACGAGGCAGACUUCUACUGUGCCGAGGUGCGCAGGGCUGGCCUGGGCAAAACCCGCCACACCCGGGUGCGGAACAAGCGGUACGCUGCUCUGCAGCAGCUCAUUCGAGGUGGGGAGUACUUCAGUGAUGAGCAGAUGCGCUGCCGGGACCCCCUGCUGUAUGAGCAGUACAUCGGGCAGUACCUGAGCAACCAGGAGCUGCAAGAGCUGGGCGGCUGCAAGCAGGAGGCUGGCUGCUCUCUCUCUGGCGUCCUGCUGGACUCCUACCAGGAGGACAUCAUCCAGCAGCGGCUGCAAGUCCAGCAGGAACAGGAGGAGGCCUGUCUGGAGGAAGAGGAGGACAGCGACAGCGACGACGACGAAGCCAUGGCAUCCAACCCCACGGAUGACUGGGUCCCUGACAGGGAAGAGAAGGCGUUCCUACGGGAGGAGUUCACCAGCCGUAUGUACCAGCGGUUCCUUGACGGCAAAGACCGGGACUUCAACUACAGUGAGGUUGAUGAGAACCCAGACUUUGACAAUCUGGACAUCGUGUCCCAGGAUGAAGAGGAGCGCUAUUUUGACAGGGAAGAACCAGAAGCGGCUGAUUCCAUGGAAGCUGAGUAGA